AUUUUUGGUGUUUAGACCAAAUUAACGUCGAAAUGACGUUGUUUACACAACAUUACUAUAACGUCGUCAAAGAAGCUCACUACAUUGGAAAGGUCCCGCUUCACCCUGUUCACUGGAUGCUAUCUGAUAAUGCGUCAUACACGGCGCAAUUUGGAUGAAUCAAACAAGGCGUUGGAGGGUCAAGCAUAAGAGCGUGUCUAAAUUCAUUGUUGAUCUCGCAUUUGUGUCACAUGUGAUAGAGGAGAUUAGAGCCGUACAUCCGGUUGAACCGGUAGUAGGUUUGUAGUUGCUCGUUAUUCUUCGUAUUUCUUAAUUUUAUACGGUUCCUCCCCCAAUGACAAAACCGAUCUAUCCGCCAGGCACGCUACAAAAGACCUACCAAUCUCUACGAGGCCUACCGAUGUUUGAUUCCGAAUGUAAGCUAGUUGUCGAACAGCUGUUGAAUUACUUUCGGUAGCCGAACACUACCGAACUAGAACCACGAUCACGCAUUCACACUAAACAUAACACGAUCACUACUUGGUGCUCUCCGAAGGCGCAUACACGAAUCUAGCUCCGAUAAAUGUUGACACUUAUAGAGUGCAGAGCCCUCCUUUAUUGCACCCUUAACUCCAGGCAACGUUACUAGAUCGCCACCUGCGAACGAAACACGCCGCAAAAUACAUAGACUAGAUCAUGUCUACCCCCUCCCCCCACCCCCUUCCAAACUCACAACUCAAAGCUCAAAGAUACCCAUAACAGACAGACUAAAGCCAUCCAGAAGAUUCCGUGAAAUAAAACCGCCGCAGCAAGAACCCUGUUGAUCAACCCUAGAAACAACUUCAAAUUCUCUCCUUUGCUCCUUAUCCAACUCCUUGAUAAUAUUCCCUCGGAAUUCGAGAAGAUUUUUAGUAAGAUCUUGCUGUCUACAGGCUACAACACCUUUUAUAUGGACAAAUUUUCUCUAUUCUCUUACAGCCUAGGUGGAUCCAAUUUAGUCACAAAAUCUUCUCCAAGCGCCUGUUAGUUUUUUGCCUGACAAACAGGGAAGGGGUUGUUUGCAAACCUCACAAGGCAUACAUACCUGCUUGUUCGGAAAACUUCAGGGUGAUGGCGGAGAUAUUGUAAAAGAGUCAUUGCCAUUAGAUUGGCCUGAGCAUCUUUUCCGAUGCCCGAGUCAAUUAAUCUCUCUUGACAAUUAUCCAUAAGUGGCGACAAUUCCUACCCCAAAAAUGUCGAAUCCGGAAUUUUGACACCCCAAAAAAAGUCGGACUCUUUUCGCCGCGAAGAAAAAGUGCCGGGGUUUGAAUAGGUAACUAGAACGCACACUACGUUACGACUUUCAGCUGUGACUAAUCUACCAAUGCAACUGUAAACUGGUAUAUCCCGAAUAAAGUACAUGCAGUUCCCCAUCCUAGGAGUCGGAUUCUACUAACUCUUCAAUCCAUGUGCGAUAUAAGCGGCGCUUCGCCGGUUUUUACAUAGUCCGCUGUUUAAAGCGGAUGAUAUCCUCUAAAACACAAAGAAUUUUUUUGCACCAAAGUUGAGUCAACUUUUAUACAGCGAUCUUUACCCUAACUUGGUCAUUAUUUGGAAUUAGCUAUUAACUUUUUCUUUGAGUGUUUCGAAUUCGAAAUUUGACCUCCCGAAGUUUGCUGCCGUUGCCAUCGCAACAAACUUUACGACUAUCGAAUUUUCGAUUAAUUACCGUUGCUACGAUACCAGGUGACUCCCGAGAGUGGUUGUCAGUUCUUCUGUUAAAAUACCAGACGAAAAUGGAAACACGAUGGUACCUAAAGCCUGGCGAUACUUUGGAAACUACAAAAAUCAACGAGCGCGGCCAUGCUCUACACGCAACGGCGGACGCAUGGAAAAAUCUAACGGCGCAUUUGGACCGAAAUCGGCUAAUUCAAGAAUCAAUCGAGCGAGAAAGGGCGCACAAAGAAGCUUUGAAGAAAGGCUCCCUUGAAAUGACGGCAAAGUGGGACAAUUCAGUCGAGAAUAUCAGAAAGCGGAAAGAGGAGGAACGUACGACAAGAUUAGAAAAGGAAGAGUCGGAUAAGAUGGAGAGGUUCUUCAAAAUUCGCGCGGAACAAGAGGGAAUUCGCCAACAGUACAUUUCAGACGCCAGGCGAAGGAUUUAUCUCACAAAAGAACAUCCAAAAGCUCUAACCAGCGCGCUGAUACUAUCAGAAGUGAUCUACGAACGGGAAAAACAACUUGAGUUUGAUAAGAAAAUUAAACAACACGAAGAGGAGGAACUUGCCAAACGAACUCAGAAGAUUAAAGAGGACGCAAUUAAGGAAGUGGAAGAGAACAAAGCAAAAGAAAAGAAAAUUCGCGAAAAAAAUUCAGAAUUGGGCAAGGAGUACCUAAGGCACAUAAUUGGGAAUGAAAAUAGCGCCAAACUAUUGAAGCAGCAGAGCAUUGAUCGUGAAAGGGUCGACAUUGCUAACAUGGAAAAGGAAUUUGCGCAUAUUAAGAGAGUUGAAGCCGAGGAGGUACAAAUGAAGAAAGAUAGCAUCAAAAAGGAGUUUUUAGAUUUUGGAAUCGCCCAAGCUCGUGCGAAAGAGAUUAUGGAACAAGAAGACAAAGAACAAGAAAAUAUUAUUAACAUAUACGCGCAAGCUAAACAUGGCAUUGAGUGUUUGAGGCAGAAGAAGGUUAAAGAAAUGCAACAAGCCAUGGUGUUAAGGCGAGAGGCAGCUUCGAAAAAAGCCGUGGCCGAAGCCAAAGCAAAGGGGGAAAAUGAAGAGCGAAUUUUGAAGCAAGCCGCUGAAGAGGUCGAAAAACGAGAAUUGGAACAGCUCAAAUUGAAAGAGCAGACACGUCGGCAGCUAAUAAAAGACAGACAAGAAGAUCGCGAGAGGUUCCUGAAAAGGGAGGAGGAGAGGAAACGUGAGGAGGCCGAAGUUAUAAAGUGGGAAAUGUUAAAUCGUUUUAAGAAAAACGAUGUUAUGGAAGCGUAUAAUAAGGCAAAGGAAAAGGAACGGUGGGACGGUAAACUGGCGUACAGGAGAAUUCUGAUGGACCAAAUUGCUGAAAACGGGGAAAUAGCGAAGAGGGAGCGAAAGGAGGCGCACGAUUUGUUCGUGGAACAACAGAAGAAAUAUGACGACGAUGACGAGCGAUUCUUCGGUUACGCCGAGGAAGUGAUUGCCUACGCGAAGGGGAAAAAUAGGCAAACGUGGCCUGUCGAGCGUGUGAUACAGGAGUAUAAAAGGAAUAAUAACUUGCUUUCGAAGCACAGACGAGCUUGUCCCGAAGAAGACGUUGAAAAAUAGCCAACUUGAUCUGUUGUUGAACAAAAAAAAAAUUAAAUUGAACAUACAACAC